GUCAGUUAGCCAGUUAGCCCGGUUGCACGGACACCCAAUCGCAGCCCUUGGCUAGACUCUCGCCAUCGUAUCCCUAUUGCUGCUGGCUGGACGCCACUUAUAAGCGAUGACCGGGGCCAGGAUAAAGUCAGCAAGUCCUCUCAGGCUAACGCGGCCAAAUGCUCGUCGUUGGUCUGCAGCUCCCUUUCAGCCGACGGUUUAUCGUCGCUGCAGCCGCGCCCGAACAAACCGUUUUCGAUCAGCCAUCACACACCUUGUACGACGUGGAACCCCCUCGCUCGAUCACACUUGCUUGACAACCAGUCUAGCUAUCAGUCCUGUCGAGACUCUUACCGCUUCGCUUCCAUUUUCUCUAGCGAAAGGGUGGAUAAUGAGGCGGGUUUUGUGCUGCGCACGAUGUGAGGGUUAACAUUCCGUCUCACGUUGUGUAUCGCCUGCGAUGCGGUGGGCAAGUGUGUCUGUCACACUCGGAUCGAGAAGAGCCGCAGAACUUUAGGCAGCUUGUCAAGCUGGGGAGAUGUCUUU